AUGGCGUCACCCGCCGCCGAAAACAUGCAAAAUGGCAUCUCAACGCCGCCCGCAACAGCAAAUGCGCCUACACUCAGUCCACCGACCCAACAACCUCCACCCUCCCAGCCUCAACCAUCGCAACAACAACAAUCCCAAACAAACGGUGGUGGUACAAACCCUAAUACCACGACUACUUCUACCGCAACAGCUAUGAAUCUCGCUUUUCCAGGUACUUCUCUGUCCGACCCGGGAACCUCGAAGCGCCCACGCGACGCCCGGCUCAUCCACCUUAUCCUCGCCAACAUGGGCGUGCACGCGUACACGGAGCGCGUGCCCCUGCAGCUCCUCGAUUUCGCCUACCGGUACACGUCUUCCAUCCUCUCCGACGCCAUUAGCUACGAGCCCCCACUCCCCACGACAUCUGGGUCCAAGAAGCGCGCUGGCGGCGGUGCAGCAGCAGCAGGAGGAGGAGCAGGAGGUGAAGGAGACUCGGGCGAGGGCGUUAGUCUAGCGGCGCUAAGGACGGCCGUGGGGGCGCGAGCGGCGGGCACGUUUCAAGCAACGCUAGGCAAAGAGUUUAUGAGCGAGGUGGCGCAGGAGCGGAAUCGUAUUGCGUUGCCCAGGGUGGAAAGGGAGUUUGGGAUUAGGUUGCCGCCUGAGAGGUAUUGUUUUACGGGUGUGGGGUGGGGGGUUAAAGGCGCGUGGGAGGACGAGGAGGAGGUGGCUGAUGAGGGUGUUGGCGAUGACGACGAGAUGGAUUUGGAUGGCGGUGCUGGGAAUGGAGGAGGGUUCGGAGGAGGGCCUGUUGGUGCUAUCACGAAUGGAGGGACAAAGGAAGAGGCCAAGGAUACUGAUAUGGGGGGUAUGGAUGAAGAGGAAGAAGAAGCCGAUGAUGACGAGUUUGAAGAGGCUAUGGGGAUUAAUAGGGAGAAUAAUCCGUAG